AUGUCACGCGGAAGCAGUGCCGGAUUCGAUCGCCACAUAACAAUCUUUUCCCCGGAAGGACGUCUCUACCAAGUUGAAUAUGCCUUCAAGGCUAUCAAUCAGGAAGGCCUCACGUCGAUCGCACUGAAAGGAAAAGACUGUGCGGUUGUCGCCACGCAGAAGAAGAUCCCAGACAAGCUCAUCGACCCCGCCACUGUGACCCAUCUGUAUCGUAUUACUCGAGAGAUUGGUUGUGUCAUGACCGGUCGCAUAGCAGAUAGCCGAUCGCAGGUGCAGCGAGCGCGUUAUGAAGCGGCUAAUUGGCGGUACAAAUAUGGCUACGAGAUUCCGGUCGAUGUGUUGUGUCGUCGGAUGGCGGACAUUUCUCAGGUCUAUACGCAAAACGCUGAAAUGCGUCCGCUCGGUUGCAGCAUUGUCAUGAUUGCAUAUGAUAGCGAGAAUGGGCCGGCCGUGUACAAAACCGAUCCAGCUGGAUAUUACUGCGGCUACCAUGCCAUUUCGGUUGGCGUGAAGCAGACUGAGGCCAACAGUUACUUGGAAAAGAAAUUGAAGCGCAAAGCGGAACUAGGUGAGGAGGAGGCAAUCCAGUUAGCUAUCACCUGCCUUUCCACAGUAUUGGCGGUUGAUUUCAAACCCACUGAGAUAGAGAUCGGCAUCGUAAGCAAGGAGAAACCUGAUUUCCGUACUCUAACCGAGGAAGAAAUCGAGGUUCAUUUGACGGCCAUUGCCGAGAAGGAUUAAGCAACAUGCCGUUUUUUCAUUUGAAAAAUAACAUUAACGUACGGUUGCUGGAUCUUUCAUUCGUAUCUUUCUU